AUGAGCUAUCCGGCAGGGAUAUGCGCACUACCUUGCCAGGCGGCUGGUGGCGACGAGCUUCAUACCUACACUUUGGCUAACCAUCCAAAACUUGCAUUCUUGUGGAAGCACGUUAUUCCAAGAGCAUCCGAGUGCUACGGCACUACCUUCAAGAAUGAGGAAGCAGAAAUAACUGAGUUAGGAUUAGCUACUAAGCCUGAUGGUUAUACUUUUGGAAUCUCCACCAAUAUUGUCUCACAUCCCAUGUUCCCGGCUUUCAUCUCCAGUUUACAUCUAAAUUUCCGCAUCGACAGGAUACAUCAACACAUCAAGACAGAGACCCGACGUGUUGAAGCACGAACAGGUCAUCACUGUUUCAACAGCCUUCAGCAGUUCCCAGCACCUGGUGACCUACGGGAGCUGUUGGCAACCAUGAGCGGGUUUGCAACCAAGCUAGCAGGUACAACCCGGAAGUUUCUCCGCGAGGUUUAUCGAUUCAUUCAUACUCAGAUUAAUUCAAACUACGACGGUCACAAAUCAGACUUGAUAGAGGGAGAAGAACGUAGGAAUUGCAUGGAUAUGGGUAAACAGGUUAGGUUGAUGCAGCAUCGACUUGCCAUGCAGCAUCUUGAACACGAUUUUAUUCUAGCUCGGGUCGAGGUACAAAUGAACGCUGUAGGUGAAGAAGGCAUCCUCAGUAUCCAGUCAGACCGCACUUAUCACCAGUGA